UUCAAUCCCAAAGCUUUUAUUUGCUAUCUUCACUAUUACCAAAAACGCUUCCGGUCUCCGCCUCCAUCCACAGAGAGAACAUCAAAGAAGACGAAGAAAAAUGGUUCAACGGCUGACAUACCGGACCCGCCAUAGCUAUGCCACCAAGUCCAACCAGCACCGGGUCGUCAAAACUCCUGGUGGAAAACUUGUCUACCAGACAACUAAGAAGAGAGCUAGCGGACCCAAAUGUCCAGUUACUGGCAAACGAAUCCAAGGGAUUCCUCACUUGAGACCUGCGGAAUACAAGAGGUCUAGGUUACCUAGGAACAGGAGGACUGUGAACCGUGCCUAUGGUGGUGUCUUAUCUGGCAGUGCAGUCAGGGAGAGGAUCAUUCGGGCCUUUUUGGUUGAAGAACAGAAGAUAGUGAAGAAGGUUUUGAAGAUUCAGAAAACCAAGGAAAAGGUUUCAUCAAAGAACUAAAAGAUGAGAUAACGGAAGCUUUACUUUGAAUUUUACUUUUGUUUCGAUUAAAUUUUUUGACAUGAAGAGACUGAAUCGUGAACAUUAUUAUUGUGAGGUGUUUGAUUUAAACAUGAAUGAGUAUUUAGUUGUUAGCCCCUGGA